CAAGUUAGACGAUCAGAGACACAGGACUCGGGAGAGCACAUCCAAUACCGGAAGUCUGAACUAAUAUUAGCUCAGUACUCAGCCUUCAAAGUCAAAGAAUAACUUGUACUGGUGAAAACAAAGGAUUCAGAGCCUGGGUUACGAGCGAACGAUCUUGAUCAGUUUCAUGGAUCAGGUUACUGGUCAGUUACUCGGUUUUGGUCGGCUAAAAGGUUCUUGAGCAGUUAGGGUUCGCACUGACGAAUUUAAGGGAAGACUAGCGACCCUGCAUCUUCAGCAGUCAGGGUCCAUUGGGUGUCGCGAUAGGUUGAUUCUUAGAGAGGAGGAGUUGCUUGUAUAAUAUGGGCAUAAUCAAGAGCAGUUUCUCGUUCUUGGUGGGCAUGGCGUGUGGGGUAUACAUUGCCCAGAACUACAGCGCUCCCAACAUAAAGAAGGUCACCCACACAGGGCUCUUGAAGGCCAAGCAAAUCGAAGAAACCUAUCGGAAGCCAAAGAAGAGAAACGACGAUGAUUAGUUGCCAUUUGACGUUUUAGGAGCUAAAAACCAAGUUUCUUCUUCUUUUCAUUUCCCCCUUUCGAGGCUUUAUCUUGAGGGUUCUGUAUCAGUAAAUGAUAGCAAGAGGUGUAUAUCUAUUCUGAUUUCCAGUUGUCAGUCGUAACUAGAGAUCAAAAUUGGUUGAGAUUUUAUGAAAUUUACGUUCAACUUAAAAAUGGAAAUAUGGAUUCUUUUUCUCU